GAGGCUCUUAACUUCCGCGCACUCCGCGUCAUUUAGAAGCUCGAGGAGUUCAGAGUGGACGCAGGCAGACCUCACAGCAACAUAGAUGGAAUAGCAAACAUGGAAUAUAACUGGAUACUGUUCUCUGUCUUAUUGCAGUCAACCUUCCAUCCAGGCAGCAGCAGACCCACCAUCACCCCCUCCGUCUCCCCCCUGGUGGUCCCCCUCAACGCCCCCCUCAGCCUGCGCUGCCAGGGAGGCUCAGGGGUGCGCUGGCAGCGGGAGGACCGGCCCCGGGUGCGGGGCGAGGAGAGGAGCCCGGGGGCCUCGCUGCUCUACAUCCCCAGGGCGCAGCCUCUGCACAUGGGCCGCUACACCUGCACCGAGGACGCCUCCGCGGAGGGCAGCUCCAUCUACGUCUACGUCAAAGAUCCCGACAACGCCUUCAGGAAGUCGAUGGUGUUCAACAUCCUGUCUCGCGAGGGGGACAGCGUCUCCAUCCCGUGUCUGGCCACGGACCCAAGCAUACUGGACCUGCACCUGGAGACAUGCCCUGGAGGGCCCCUUCCCCCAGGCCUGCAGUACAAGGCUGGGCUGGAGAUGGGCAUCGUGAUUCUGGACACUCAGAAGGCCUUUGAGGGAUGCUACGUGUGUUCGGGACGUCUCGGCCACGCCCCUGUGAGGUCACACAACUAUGAUCUCAUCGUGCGGCCAGUCCCAGACACGCCCCCGGUGGUGCAGGUCCCUGGUCCCAGGAGAGUGGUACUGGUCCAGGGGCAGAGGCUGGCCCUGUCCUGCAUCACCACCAACGUCAACGGAGACAUCAAGCUCAAGUGGUCCGCCCCCCCUGGAUCGGGUGCCGUCUGGGCUUCGUAUCCACAGCAACCAUCGGUUGACAACGCGUCUCGCAUCCUGACGGAGCCCAUCACCCACGUCCGCAGCGCCACGCUGCACAUCCCCGCCGUGAGGACCCGCGACGCUGGACGGUUCCGCUGCGAGGCGCAGAACGAGAGGGGGACCAGCUCCGAGUCUGUCUGGCUGGAAGUCUACCUGAAAGGUUUCAUCCAGCUGGCUCCCGUGGAGAACAGCACGGUCCGCGUGCGGGCAGGGGAGAGCCUGACCCUGCAGGUGGAGAUGGAGGCCUACCCCCAGCCUCACAUCCUCACCUGGAGCUUCAUGAGCCACAGGCUGAAGAACACCUCGGAGCACGUCAUCACCACGCUCAACCACGCACACAGGUACCAGAGCAAGCUGAGGCUGGUGCGCUUGAAGAUGUCCGAGGGCGGAGUAUACACAUUGUCCGCCUCCAACGGCGAUGCCAGUGUCAACCGCUCCUUCACCGUCUACGUCAUCAGUAAGCCAGAGAUCGUGUCUCACGAGGGACCGGUGGACGGCCAGGUGCGCUGCGUCGCAGAGGGGUUCCCCGCUCCCCAGAUCACAUGGUUCUACUGCGAGCAGCCGUACAUGAGGUGCUCCCACCAGCUCAACGCCACAGAGGAGCAGCAGGACGUAGUCACGGUGACGGUGUUCCGGCCCAUGUUCGGGAAGACGGAGGUGGAGAGCCGUCUGAACGUCAGCCGAGGCAGGUUCAGCACCCUGGAGUGUGUGGCCACUGUGGAGGGGGAGCAAGCAUACACCCUGUUCUCCAUCAGCGAGAGGAUGGUGCCUCACCAUCUCUUUACUCCCCUGCUGGUGGGCUUCGUGUCUGCAGCUGCCAUCCUCUGCCUUGUCCUCAUGAUGCUCAUCUACAAAUACCUGCAGAAACCCAAAUACCAGAUCCAGUGGAAGGUCAUCGAAGGUAUCCAUGGAAACAACUACGUGUACAUUGACCCCACCCAGCUUCCGUAUGACCACCAGUGGGAGUUCCCCAGGGACAAGCUGCGCUUUGGCAAGACUCUUGGCUCCGGAGCCUUUGGGAAGGUAGUGGAAGCGACAGCAUACGGACUCUCAAAAGCUGACACUGUGAUGACAGUUGCUGUCAAAAUGCUGAAACCCAGUGCCCAUGCCACAGAGAAGGAGGCUCUGAUGUCGGAGUUGAAGGUCCUGAGUUACCUAGGAAACCACAUAAACAUUGUUAACUUGCUGGGAGCCUGCACUGUUGGAGGUCCUACUCUGGUCAUCACAGAGUACUGCUGCUUCGGAGAUCUCCUCAACUUCCUGCGCAGGAAGAGAGAGUACUUCCUGUGCUCCAAGCUGGGAGACGACUGCUACUACAGGAACAUCCUCCUGCAGAGAGAGGCUGCUGGAGACGCCAGUAGAAACGGCUACAUGUCAAUGAGGCCCUCUGUCGCUGGCACCGUGCCUCCUGGCUCCUCCUCCUCCGAGAAGAGACGCUCCGUACACGGCUCCUGUGGUGAGGCUGAGGCGUUGAGUGAGAUGCUUCUGGAGGAUGGGCAGUCUCUGGACACAGAGGACCUGCUCAGCUUCUCCUACCAGGUGGCCAAAGGCAUGGACUUCCUGGCCUCCAAGAACUGCAUCCACAGAGACCUGGCUGCCAGGAACAUCCUGCUGACUCAGGGCAGGGUGGCCAAGAUCUGUGACUUCGGCCUGGCCAGAGACAUCACCACCGACUCAAACUAUGUGGUGAAAGGAAACGCUCGCCUCCCUGUCAAGUGGAUGUCUCCGGAAAGUAUCUUUGAGUGUGUGUACACCUUCGAGAGCGAUGUAUGGUCCUACGGAAUCCUGCUCUGGGAAAUCUUCUCUUUAGGAAGCAGUCCAUAUCCAGGUAUGCCGGUGGAUUCAAAGUUCUACAAGUUGAUUAAGGAAGGAUACAGAAUGGAGGCACCAGAGUUUGCUCCCAGUGAAAUGUACCAGAUCAUGAGGUGUUGCUGGGAGGCUGACCCAGUGCAGAGACCUCCCUUUAGGGACGUGGUGGAGAGGAUUGAACAGCAGCUGUCUGAUGCCACCAAACACAUUUAUCUGAACUUCAGCUCCAAGUUCCCAGUGCAUGCUGGGACGGGGCCGAGCACGCCUGAGGACCAGACUACCCAGAAUGCAGCGCUCCGGCGCCUCAACUCGGCGGGCAGCAGCAACGUGUCCUCCCAGCCCCUCCUCUUCCACGACGUGGUGUUCCUGGAGGAGACCGGCCUCAGGGCCCACAGAGUGUAAGGACCCCAACCCUGACCCAGGGCUGCCCCUCAAAGUGCCUGCACCAAGCUGCUCCUAGGCCACCUCCCCCCCUCACUCUGUACUGACUGGACCUGCAGAGGGACCUGCUCCACAGCCAGCACCCUGCCCAGACUUGGAAGUCUGGCCAGCAAGGACUGGGGCUCCCCUGGAAGACUGUUCUGCCCCUGACCACUAUCUCACUAUCCAUCUCUCCUGUCCAUCCACAAAUCACCCCUUGCCCCAGCUCCCGCUCCACCACCCCUGUUUUCAUAUUACUCUGAAGAGGCGUUUUGUUGCAUUUAAAGGAAUCCUUGGGAGAUGGAAAAGUGAUCGUCUUCGCAUUUGAAUAACCCGGAGAUUCUACUGUCAUCUAGCUUGGCUGCUUCCACUGCAUGAACUUUUGUCAGUAUUAUUAUUCCAAACAUUCACUUCUAUGGUUGUAUGAAGAACUAUUGUGUCUGAUAUUUCACGAGUCAAAUGCUUCAGCUAGUGUUGCUGAGCCGGGGGUCUGCAAUGUAAGGUGUGUUCAGACGUAUUCAGAUCCCCGGUGUUUCCAAGCUGUUUGGAUCAGGGAUGAAGGUACUGCAGUGUUAGUGUGUCUAUCUAUGCAUAUGUGUAUAGACUUUCCUCGGCUAAGCGUUUAACGGUGGUUCAACCGUAUGUGAGAUGUAAGCGGUUGGGAGACCGUGUGAGAGACACUUAAGCAGCACUAGUUAUGUUCCCCAUGCUCCUUCUCCCUGUCUCUAAGACAGCUUCAGAACGCUGGCUGCAGGGGACACUUUGUAAAUGUGUAAAUACGGAUUCUUGUAUCGGAGGCCCCUUGUUUACAACACUCUUUGAGCAGGUACGUUCGUUCCUAAACAUUCCUACGCGCUCUCACAGACACCCCCACACGAUGAUACUCUCCUACAGUCUCCUAUAUCCCCCUAUACACACAUGCACACACACCUAUAGACCUACACACUCCCCUACAGUACACACAUUACACACUACCACACACUUUCACACGUACUCUCCUGUCCCUCCCUGCCUAUUAGAGGUCAAUCAGAAACUCUGGAGGGUAACUAUGGAGGGUAACUAUGGUGACUGUAAUUUCAGUUUGGUCGUCCAGUCACACGGGCCCCUUCUGUCUUUCCGUUUCAGCCAAUAGGAAGCUUCGAGCUAAUUUAAGAUGCCAAUCGGGGACUUGCUGUGCAGGGGGGAAACCAAUCAUAAGCUUUACUGUAAGACAGCGUGCUGCUCAAAUAUAUAGCCAGUAGAAUUCCGCGGGUUGUCAUGGUUAUCAUGGCUCAGGUGUCUAUGGAGACAAGGCCAGAUUACAGUAGUCCUCUCUCCCUGCUCCCCUUACCCCCUCAUCCCUCACUCGCCGACUUUCCAGAAGCUUCUCUCGUCUGCCUCCAGCUGCUUCCUGCCAGGAACUCUGGCUUCAGCGUGCCCCAGCCGGAGGUCUGCCUGUCCAGACUCCCCGAACCAGGACUUCCCCUUCAGUCAUCCUGGCUUGUUGUGGAGAGCACCUGGGGACGUCUCUGAUUGAAUACGUGUGUGUCCGUGUGUGUGUAUGUAUGCUUCUUUGUUUCAUUUAUGUGCACGCGUGUGUGUGUGUGUAUGAGAGAGAAAUGUGCGUGUACGUGUGUCCCAUUUGUAAAUCAGAGGUGCCACAAAAUGAAUCCUAAUCAUAACGUUCUCCCUGAUCUUCUCCCUGGAGCUAUGUUCUGUAAAUAUGAAUGUGUAUAGGGUGCAGUGUUUUAUCCGUGUUGUUUUCAUAUGAUAUGGUACAUCUAUGUAACUCCUAACAACCAGCCUGUAGUACACAGCCUAUCCCAUAAUGUUAUAUUACUGCCUCUGGCAAAAACUUUAUGUUAAGGUUAUAUAAAGUACCAUGUAAAUAGAUAGCAAUACCUAUUGGAAAAACAUGGUACAUAUGAAUUGCUAUAUGAUUAAGUUAGAUUAAGUGUAAGUGGUCUAAGUUAUUACUAAAGAGUAAGAAGACACAUUAUAGGGACGGGCUGGAAGUGAUGAGUGGAUGUUGGAAAGGAGCAGUUGAAGGUUGUUUUACCAAACAACGUCAAUGUUAACAUCCACUCAGCCCUGCAAAGCCCAACCUACACAAAAUACCAGUUUUUACAUGCCUAUUAACUUUUACUGUAAUGAAAUAGAAAACCAUAGCAGUUCCUUAUGUGCCUACAGAGUUGUUACCAUAGGUAUUGCUUUGUAGUUCCAUGGACGAUAAUGUAAAGUGUUGAUCUGGCUUUUAUCUUCAGUGACACAUCAUUUUCCUUGUACAAAAAUGUCACAUCAUUUCACCUUAAAACAAAGUUGAAUUCUACCGUAAAUCUAUAUUUGACGAUACUGAACCAUCCUCUCGGUGUACAGCAGGCCUCUCCUCUGGUUACAGCAGGUUGUUCUAGACAGGUCAUACAGAAUAGGCUUUCCUCAAUUGUGUGCAUUUUGCUGUAUAUUUAAGUGACCAAUGAGGCUAUAUGUGUUUAUUACGCAUACAAACGACAAGUUGCAUCUCAUGUUUAAUUUAAAUAAAGACAUGUUCAAUCGUU